AUGGCGAAUGCGCUGACUGAUUGGCUUUCUCUACCCCACACCGAUGGACGUAACCCAGGACAACUCGGUGCUGUCCCCGAGUUCAUAUUCUCAUGUUCCAAACAGAAGUCUUUACUUAAAGGCCUCGUUAAAGGGGUGGCCGGCAUAGUUGGUCUGGAUCGGUCUAACUUUUCUCUCUCAGCGCAGAUUAGCAACACCGUCUCUUCUCCUAACUUAUUUGCACUUUGCCUAUCCGGUUCACCCUCAGCUCCGGGUUUGGUAUUCUUGGGUACUAGUGGACCAUACUAUUUUUAUCCCCAAAGUGACCUUUCAAAAUAUCUUAUUUACACUCCACUCCCGUCGAAUCCGUUGAGAAGCUCUCUAGAAAUUUAUCGGUACCCCUCCGCUGAGUAUUUCAUUGGUUUGAUUUCCAUAAAAGUCAAUGGAAGAGUUGUACAAUUUGAUCAUACGCUUCUCAAUAUCGAUGCAAAUGGCUUGGUGGGACCAAGCUGA